UUUAAAUUUUUUCUAGUUAACCUUUAAAGGGAUUUUUUAAAGUUAUUUAACCUAGAAUCUAACAUAUCAUACAAAAACUUAUAAAAAAAUAUUUUAAAUAUUUUUCUAAAAGUGUUUAUUAAAUAUUUCAGUAUCAUACUUUAAAAUUUAAGUAACUUUUUGUCGUCAAAGAACGAAAAAAAAAAUGUCACUUUGUAAUUCAGUAAAAAAGGAUUUCUUUUUGUAGAGAUUUUCAAUCUCUUUCUACGAAGUCAUUCAUUCUGAGGAACAAAAGAAAAUAACUAUUCAUUAUAAUGAUAGAGAUUUUGCGAAUAAGAAAGGAAAAGAAAAUUUAGUGAAGUUUUCACGAGCAAAACAAUAAAGCAAUUUAUUAUGAUUUUUUUCAAACGAGGAAGAUCUCUUACAUAUUUCAUGCUAAUAAUGGGCAGGUCGUUUUGGCGUAAAAAUUGGCACAAAUCUAGUCUGGCUGGACACGAAAUCAUUAUUUUUCUCAUGUUUCUAAAUGACUAAAAAGUGCAUUUUUCAAAUUAACAUGCUGAAUUUAAGAACCUAUUUCCUUUCAGUAGUAAACUUCUGAUUUUCAGAUUUUGGGAUACAUAGCAUAAAAAAAUCUAGAUUUUUAAUUAACUGUAUAAAUGAUUUUUUACCACUAGUUAAGAAAUUGUUAGUAUUGUAAAUUAUCAAACCAUAAAUAAGUAAACCAUGAAUCAAAUUAUAAAUUGAGUUUUUUUUCAAAUGCAUACAAUAGUUAUUUUCGCAAAGUAAAUGUAUAUAAUAAGUAUGAUACAUUAAAAGAAAAGAACAAAUUUUGUUAUUAAAUACAAUAUUGGAAGAAUGUUAGAGCGUAGAUUUAAGCGUCGUCGUAGUCUACGUCAUGUUUUGUUUCUUGCAAUCGGACUUUGUAGUUUAUUCGCAUGUUUUUCUUGGUACACGAUUUUAUGCUGUAGACCAAAUAUGUACGGAGAAUAUAUUUUCAACAAUUAUCCUGCACUUCCAGAAACAGGCAUUUUGAAACAGAUGUCUAUAGAAUCAGACAAGAAAUUAGAUAGCAACAUAAACUUGAAUUAUAUCAACGCAAAAAGUGAAAUGCACUUUAAAUUUUCAAGCAAAGAAACAAACUAUCCCCCUAAACUCAAGCAUAAAAGUACAUUAGAAGCACAAUCUGCCGAUGAUUGGAUUAUUAGUCCCACUCGAAAACCAAGCUUAGUGACUGCAAAAACAAUUAGUUCAGAAUCCAACAUAAAGCUAGCAUCGCCAAGUAGAACAAAAAAGCAUAAAGUCUCAACGACUUUUGUGAAAUCAGAUUCAUACGGCAGUGAAAUAACAUCGCCAACGACUUCUCCCCAGUCUAUUCCACCUACUGUAGAACUUGACCAAUAUGUUGUGAAAGCAUGGUUACCAAGAGGUAUUAAAGAAAGAGUUGAAUCAAAUAAUUAUGAAAACCAGCCAAAUGAUAGUGAAUCAUCAACUAAUUUUAAUUCCUUACCUGUGGCAUCCACUAUCACCACUGUAAGCAAUAGUUACGUAAUAGUACCUAUGAGAAAAAGGAGUGUCAUUAGUCCACCCGUUAAAAGAUUGCCUCAAGCCUUGAUUAUUGGUGUGAAAAAAUGUGGCACCAGAGCACUUUUAGAAUUUUUGAGAGUUCAUCCUGAUAUCAGGGCGUCCGGACCAGAAACUCACUUCUUUGAUAGGCAUUACCAAAGGGGCCUAGAGUGGUACAGGCAACAAAUGCCUACGAGUCUGGAAGGACAGAUUACUAUGGAGAAAACUCCGAGUUACUUUAUUACUAAAGAAGUUCCGCCCCGAAUACACGCCAUGUCACCGUCCGUCCGCUUACUGGUAGUCGUACGAGAUCCCGUCACCAGAGCCAUUUCUGACUAUACUCAAUCCACGAGUAAGCGAAAAGACACUCCGUCUUUUGAGGACAUGGCCUUCCUCAACGUUAGUACUGGACUUGUGGACACGUCCUGGAGUGCCAUCCGAAUAGGAGUUUACGCCAGAUUUCUAGAGUGGUGGACUAGAUAUUUCAGUUUAGACAGAAUACAUUUUAUCAGUGGUGAAAAUCUAAUACGAGAUCCUGCUGGGGAAAUGGGAAAAGUCCAGGACUUCCUGGGCUUGAAACAAGUCAUAUCAGACAAACAUUUUUAUUUCAAUGAAACUAAAGGAUUCCCCUGCCUGAAGAAAUCCGAAGGCAGUGGUAAUCCGCAUUGUUUAGGCAAAACCAAAGGACGAGCUCAUCCAGAUAUAUCAUUAUCAACUAUUCAAAGGUUGAGAGACUUUUACAGACCUUUUAACAUGAAGUUUUAUCAAAUGGUGGGUAGGAAUUUCGGAUGGCCGUAAUACUUUUUGUGCGUGAAUCGUAGGAUUUAAAUAUUUCUUAACAGCAAUACAUUUUGUAGAUCAUGAACAUAUACAAAAUGUUCGGUAGUAAUUCAGCAAGAAAUAGACUGAAGCAUAUCAAAUCAAUUUAGGAUUAAUAUAUGAAUAUAUCCAUUUAAAAAAAAUAUAUUAAAAAUUCUUACGCUGAAUUUGUAUGCAUUAGUCUUGUUAAACUCUCCAUACGACUCUUCUGCCAAUUUACGAAAAAUACAGCCUUGUUUUAUUAUUGAAAUUAUUUGAUUUAAGUCCUUUUUGUGUUUUCUAAUUAUGUGAAAAUUAUUAUAAAUAUUGUGAAAAUCACUCAAAAGAUUUGCCUCAGCAAUCUGUUACCAAUAAAAAGGAUUCAACAGCUUUGUCAAUAAGUGGUUAAGAUUUUCAUAUUGGUUUAUAAUACUUUGAUUACCAGCAAACUGAUUUAUUAAUAAAACUUUAUAUCUUAUUCUGGCUAAUGAAACAUAGUUUUUUCUUUACUAUCUCCUUUUUAUCUGCCUAUGGUGUCUUCUAAACCACUUUAUCAUUCAAGUUUUAGUAAUAGUUAAAAAAAAAUAAUAAAUUUUUUUUUAAAAAAAAGCAUUUCUUGCUUCAUAAAGUUCAAGUAAAUUGUUUUCACUGAGAUGAAUGUGUUCUUUAGGGACUUAAAGUAUUAUAACACUAUGAAUAUUUUAACUAUUAAUUUUUAAGUUUCCUGUGAUCUUUUAUGUAAAGAAUAGAGUUCUAGCUUGAGUAAUAAUUUGUUUUGUGUGAUGAAUCAAUUAAUAUGAUUUGGCAAUUCAUUUUCACAACAUGAAGAUAACUCGUAGAUGCAUAUUUUGCUUUUAAGUAAAUGAAAAAAAUUGUUACGUUUAAUGAAAAAGUAUUAUUCUUCGUUAAUGUUUGUAAAUAUCUUCCGUUAGAUAUGCCAAAGAUGUUUUAUAAAUUAUAUGCCGCGCCAAAUAUUGAAAAAUUAAGAGAAUACUUUAUUUUUGCAUUCUAGUCAUGCUUUUAUCAUAUCAUAAAUUAAAUAAGAAAUUCUUGUUCAUAAGAAAUUAUUCUAACUUUCUCUUUCGAAUGUUCAUAUUUUGAAUUAAAAAUUUCUCUAAGUGUUU